UUAUCAGUUUUCUGAUCGCUGUGGGAAUUCAGUUAAUUGUGGACGCUGUAGCAAAACGGACGCACGGCACAACCUGCAUCAAAAAUAAACAUUUCAAAGUCGAACGCGAACUCGAACUCGAUUCUCGAACAUUAUUUGCUGUUGCCGCCGCUGCGUUUGUCGCGUGAAAGUCAUUUGCCACCAGGCACUGCCGCCUGCCUCCAGCCCCACUGGCCCUAAGACAACCACUUAGAAGCUAGAAGUUUCCCCCAGAGUCUCUGUUAGCCCAAGCACAGCUGAAAACAUAUUUAAGGACCGUACUAAAAACUCAUCGAGAAAUAUUUCGUAUACGCAACGUUCUCCGACAGUGCAAUCCAAUUUCGACAAAGUCAGUUAAAUAUAACGUUUUCAGGGUGUGUGAGUGCGGCUAAGAUAAUCGUCCAUUAUUAUAUAAAUAUAAAUAACAACGAACCGUAAAAACUGGUAAAAAAAAAAACGAAAACAAACAAAAAUUAAUUCCAAAAUUAAAACGAACAGCCAUAAACAAAUCGUCAUAAAAAUAAAAAAUCGUACACAUAUAGCGCGCGCCAAUAUUGCUCCAAUUCAAAACGGCUUAGCAACAAAUGCACUGAGCACCAACAACAGCAACAACAACACGGCUUGCCAUAUAGAAAGCCCAACAAUCAAAUACAAAUAAUCAACUUCAAUAGCAGCGACAACAACAACAGCUACAACACGGGAUUAAAAAUCCAGCUACAACCACUGAGAAAACAAACAAACAACAACAACAAGAACCACAACAAAUGUGGUGGGUGCAUUGUGAUUAACAAGUCACAUACCACACCAGCACACACGCACAUACACACAGAGUGGGAGAGAUCACACACAGGAGCGUCAAGAGUUUUUGUUCAGUAUGAUUCAACUGCAGACAAGACAAACGGCCAAAUGAUUCAUCUGUCGCGCAAAGAAAGUGAAGAUCAUUAAGAAGUGGACAAGAACAAGAGACGAAAUUAAAGCGACCAAUUAAAGUGGAGCCUUAAUCAGCUGCAGUCGACGUAGCCCAAGUGGAUGUUACAGAACCGAAACAACGUCGGCAUGGCACACUUUUGCUGGUAUCAUAAAUUGGUCUUUUUGCUGCUGAUGUUGUGCUGCGGCUAUGCGCGACCAGCCCCAGCCCCAGCCCCAGCACCGGUCCCUGCCCCCGCCCCUGUUGCUUCACCCGUAUCAGCGGGCAGGCAGAGUGAGCUCAUUGCGGGCAAUGAGUUUCUCAAGUUGUUCCUCGAUCACGACGAACAGCAGCGCAGCCUGCACAGCGAUGAGGAGCUCGAGGGACCAGCUGCCGGCCGCCUGAACAGUGCCAGAAGCUUGGAGCACAAGACGCGCUACCGCAAUGCCAAUGCCCAGCACCAAGCGGAUGCGGAGGGCAAGCAGGUCGUCAAGCUGGUGACCACCGGCAGCAAGAUUGUCUUUCUGGAGGAUGCACCCGGCUCGUCGUCAACCACUAAGCCGAAGUCCAGCGACGAGGUCAAGGUGGUCGCUGUCAGUGUUAGCUCCUCCAGCAAACGUGGCAACCGCAUCAGCCGCACCCAGCCGCCCGCCUUCAAGCCCGCCGCGACGCACUCGCACCGAAGCAGUGCGCCAAGUGCAGCUGGCGUUGAUUUUGUCAAUCGCUCGCACAAGAGUGAACUGUCCAUUGAGGAGACUGAGCCACGCCUCGCUGCCGAUGUCAUGGAUGCGGAAAGCGACUCGGUGAACAGUGCCUCCAAUAUACAAAACGUUUUGGCGGCGCCAUUGCUGGCGGCAGCCGCCUCCAGCCGCUCCAGUUCGGUGGCGUUUCGUGGCAGCUCUGUCCCCGGGCGAAAUGCCACGCGCAUAAAUCAGAGAGCGAACGAUCCGGAGUCGGCGUCAGAGGCGAAUACUCAUGAGUCGGUGGGUGAUGACAAAUUGCUGCCGUUCCAGACGGUGAUCUAUCACGACACAAAGCAGGGUCACGGACCCCAGUCAAGAUCAAUAUCAUACAGCUCCAUAUCGCAGAACGUGGACGAUCUGCAUGUGCCGGGCAGCUGGCACCAGUCGGCUGGCAUCUUGGCCGAGGCGCAGCGCAACGUGAGCGACAGUCUCAAGCCCAUGCCACGUCUCGCCUCCGAGCCAUCCAAAUUCUAUUCUGUGCCAUCGAAAAUGUACAGUGUUCCAUCCAAGUUCUACUCGGAGCCAGCCAAGGUCUACUCAGAGCCAGCCAAGAUGUAUGGCCAGCCAGAAAAAGUAUAUUCGGAGCCGGCCAAAGUGUAUGGCCAACCGUCCAAGUUUUACUCAGAGCCAGCGAAAGUUUACUCGCAGCCAGCUAAGGUUUAUGGAGAGCCCGCCAAGACCUACUGGCCGCAAACUGUAACAACUGGGACGGGUACCGGUACCGGUACCGGUACGGGUACGGGUGCUGGUGUAGGUGUCGGCGUCGGUGUCGGUGUCGGUGUCGGAGUUGGUCUCAGCACGACUAGCUCGCCCACCACAACAAGAUCGUCAACAUCAACAACGGGAGCAACGACAACAACAGCAGCGCCAGGGCCAGCAACUGUGCCACCGGGCGCUCUGGCUCCCACCACCUUUGUGCCCUCGCGUCGGCCAGCAAUUGUCUCGCGGAUUGCAUUCGGCGAGGCGCAAACAACGACAACAACAACAACAAGCAGAUCCAUGGAAUCCCAGACUGCAACGAGCAGCACGCUGCCCACCGCUAGGCCAAGCACUUGGCAGCACCAUUAUCACAAUGGUCACAAUCAGCAUCUGCACCACAAUCACCACCACCACCACAACCACCAGACUGCAACGAGUGCGGGCAAUUCGCAGCCGCGUCGUGUACUCUUCAAUUUGGAUAAAUUACCUUAUGAUUUAUUGAAUGCACCGCAACCGCAGCCAGCGCGCCAUCUAUUGGAGCCAAUUUUAUCAAAGAGUUCAAUUCCAAGCGACUACCAGCAACAGCAGCAGCAGCAGCAGCAGCAACAUCAUCGUCCAUGUUGGGAGCAACAGCAACGUCAGCAUCCAUCACUGUCGCUUCAACAUUCUAAUCAAAAUGCCAAAGGAUUGCCCAAUAGAGCAGAUCUAGUCAAGUGUGUUUCCAAAUUUGCACACCAGCAUGCAUCGCCCGCAGCAGCGUCCGGCAUUAGCGCCUAUUCAUAUAGUUCCAGCUCUAGCAGCUCAUCAUCCUCGUCCUCCGCGUCCGCUGCGCCAACUGACGAUGAGACCAUGUUGCCACACUUUACAACCGAACGCGCCGAGCUCUACACACCGACCCCAGAGCAAAAUUACGAAAUUGAAGAGUCCGUAAGUGUUAUGACAAACGGACGAGCCCACGGACUGCAGGGUGGCAGCAGCAGUAGUGGAGGUGGCAGCGGCAGCGGCAGCGGCGCACUGGUCACAGCCACAACACCAGCCAGUCCAGUGAGCACAACACCAGCAUCACCCAUUGCUGCCGCCACAACACCAACAACAACGCAACACGGCCGCAAUCGUGGCCGUGAUAGGGGACGUGGUUCGGUGGUGUACACCGCCAACGCAAAUGCCAACGACUAUGAUGGCGGCGGGGAUGAAGAUGCUGAGGGCAGGGGCAACGCAGAUGAGUCGGAUGAAGAUAAAGUCGCCUAUGUAGUGGAGGGACGCAACUAUCGCAAAUAUCGCGUCGAAGAGAAAACCGACGACGGCUUCAUCGUUGGCGAAUAUGGCGUCGUGGACCACAACGAUGGCAACCUGAGCGGCGUGCGUUAUACCGCCGACUCGACCAUUGAUCGUCGUUUGAUACAAAAGGCGUUGUUGACAUUUCUGAAGCUCAAGUAGUUGCAGUUGCAGUUGCAGUUGCAGUCACAGUCACAGCUGUACUCUGGCCGAGCUGACCGAGCUGACCCAACUGCCCCAGCUGCUGCCUCAGCUGCCACAGCUGCAGCGGCAAUUCAUUUCAUACACAUGUGAUCCAAGUCGUAUUGUAGUUAGCGUAGCUUAAAUUAAUAUUAACUAGCCUUCAUUCAUACAAUCACAAUGACACCAGCUGAAAGUCGCAAUCGAACAAUCAACUGAUUUUUGUCGGUUCAGUUGCUUGGAGUGAAAGGAAUAUGCCACUUGAUUCGCAAGCAUUCAGAUAAUUUAAUAUCUAGUUACUAGUUGAACAUUGAUAAGUCUGCAUCAAAUACUCAAAAGCUUUAAUGUACUUUUUCAACAGCUUUCAUAAACUUUUACUCGUGCGCCAGCGCCCCUAUUUGUCAAUUCGAAUUGCUAGAAAAUUAUACAUUUUAUUUGAAAGCAUCAAUCAGUUUUUGCUCGUUUAAUCUAAUCUAAUUGAAUAACAUUUUCAUCUGGUGUCAUUGCGUCUUAAGUAUUCAUAGUUAGAUUGUCAACCCACGGCCACAACUCUCUGUCCUACUUUAUCCUACAUUCCCCCACAGCAAGUGUGCGUGUAUUUUGAGCUCUGUGUGUGCGUGUAUGUGUGUCUGUGUGUGUGUGUAUGUGUGUUACUCAAUUUUAUAAAUAUGUAGCUAAUGUUUUAAUUAAUUUAUUGUAGUUGUUGGUAUUAUAAUUUAAUAUAAACUUAUUUAAACUCUACACUUAAAUGGAAACAAUCGCAAAAUUUUACCUAGCAACUUGCCAUAAUUUAAUUCAUAUAACCAACUUGGCCAAGUUCCAAUGAUUUGGGCCAAUAGCACGUACGCACUUAAAUGCAUAAACUAUCCUAACUAGAGCCUAAGUAACUUACAAUGUGAAAGAUUACACAAAAAGUAUAUAUGUACAUGUACACAUAAAACUAAAAAUAAAUGAAGUACAUCAAUAAAGAACA